AAGAAGGAAAAAAGAUGCUUUGUAAUAAUAACAACAAUACUUAACUCUUACUGAGAAUGUUCCAUAUGCCAGGCCCUGCAGUAGAGCUUUAUUUUACAACACAAUCCUGUAAGAUUGUCACUCUAAUCCCCAUGUUUCAUAAGAGGAGUUCAAAGUCCAGGGUACUCUCUGCGGAGUGCAGAGCUGAGUGGUGGGACCUAAACAUCCACUUAAAGAACACACAAAUAACCAGACAUCCGAGGAAAACACUAAAAAUGGGGUGAGACAACUGAAGACAAGAAUGAUAGGUUUCACAGAUUCUCCUAGAGCCCAUAUUUUCUACUGGUGAGUGUGGGGUGUGUUUAACUUUGGGUAACUGGAAGGAGAAACAGAGUUGAAGGGUAAGUGGAGAAUCAGUAGUUCUGAACUGUGGAUAGGGGAGUGAGUGGUUAAGAAGUGCUGAGGCCAUUCAGAUCACAGAGUCAUCUGAUUUUAUACCAGAAAAGGGGAUUAGAUUCAGUUCUUUCAUUUUACAGCCCUAGAAACUUAGGCCCAAUAAAGGUUAAGUGAUUUGCCCACAUCAAUUUCAAAUAGCAAGGGAGAAUAUAUGAGGAACCCAUUUCCCUAAACUUCAGUUUCCAAGAGACUCCAGUAUCCCAACCCAGAUUCUGGACAAAGAUGAUAAAAAACUGGUACCAAUUACCUCUAAAGUGAAACUCAGUUAAACCUGAGUGGUACUGUGCAAACUACUACAUAAGACACUCAUCUAUUAUAGAGGAUAUAUUUCAAAGACAGAGUGAUGUAGCGGAGAAGCAUUUCCUGAGGAAAACCAAGAGCCCUUUUCUAUCUCAGGUUUCUUUUUAUUGAAUCUUGAAGCUCAAGUUCAUGGCUUCAUCAAAAGACGCUUCAAAUCCUGAAGUUAGCUCUCACCUGGAGCCGGUGUGUUGUUCUACCCUUUGGCUGGGAACACAGUCACCUGGGAAUCAUUCCAGCAGGUGGCUUCUGAAGUCUAACCUGUUAGGUUGAAAUCUGACACUGACACACACUCCGGGAGCUGCUGGCGGAAAGCUCAACCAGGAACCAGGAAAUGCCCAAGCCUCUUGAUGCAUAAAAACAGCUGGGCUCCCUUGGAGACGGAGUGCCAUGGGAAACCGGGUCUGCUGCGGGGGAAGCUGGAGCUGCCCAUCAACUUUCCAGAAGAAAAAGAAAAGAGGAAGCCAAGCAAGACGGACACUGAAGCCGCAGCCACAACAGCUGCCGCAGAAUGGCCCAAAGGACCAUGAAACAACAGGACAUACGUAUGAGCGGGUGUUACAGCAGCAAGGGUCUCAACAGAGGAGUCCAGGCCUCAUUUCAGAAGACAGCAACUUACAUUAUGCUGACAUUCAAGUGUGCAGCCGUCCCCAGCCACGCUCUGGCCAGGAAGUGAAACAUAUGCAUUUAGAACACGCUACAGAGUAUGCGAUCCUUCGCUUCCCCCAGGCCACACCUCGCUAUGACAGCAAGAACGGGACCCUGGUGUGAGCCUUGGGGAGGCAGACCCAGCCAUGUUAACCACUACUCCUCUGGGGGGGGAAUCUACUGCUUUGGAGAAUUGGGUGGCAACCCUGGGAUGUUGGCCAUGUUUUAAGCUUAAAGAACUCCAGGCCGGGCGCGGUGGUGCACGCCUGUAAUCCCAGCACUUUGGGAGGCCAAGGCGGGCGGAUCACAAGGUCGAGAGAUCGAAACCAUCCUGGCCAACAUGGUGAAACCCUGUCUCAAAAAAAAAAGAACUCCAAAGCCCCUGCAUUGUGGGAGUCCCCAGUUUCUCCUCUGGCUUCUUACUUGCCAUUGUGCGGUUGGAGUUAUAGUUGGUUUAGCUGUGGGUGGAUAGAAUUCCACAUUGAGGUUAGGUGGCGUGUGCAGGGAGGUAGGUCUUCGACUUCAUCUUUGUUGCUCCUGCUCUUGAAAAGCGCAGAAAGAGCAGAUUACCCUAUAAGCACGUGGGCUUAUCUUGUCGGACUUGAAUUAAAUAGUAUCAUUUUUUUCACACACCUUAAACUCCAAAGCUGAAGGGGAGGUGCUCUGGAAAAGCAUUCUGAGCUUUCACACUCAGACACCAGGGCUGGUUUGGGCCAUUUCUUCAGCGGCUGGAUCCGGUUCCAAACCUUAACAGACAAAUGGGGGAAAGGGGCUGAGGCGUGGAGGAAGAGUUCUCCAACCAUGGCCUACAGGACUUCAAGUCACUGAGACCGACAGCACAGCGAGGGCCGGAAACUUCCCUCGGCGGGACUGUGGGAUCUCGCGGGUGCGGGGCCGCUUGGAUCAAUAAAUGGUCUGAG